UUUUCAACCACUCAUCUCCAUUCGCAUACUAUUUAUCGACGUGGUAAAGGCGUCAACACCAUAGACACGGUCACAUGACCCGGGGACCCCUUAUCGUAUCUAAUCUCCCGGCGAUAUCGAAAAAUUUGAAAAACUAUAUCGACACAAAAUAGACCCUCUAUUGCUUGUUAUCCAGACCUAUCCAUAACUUCAUACACCCCCAAGUCGCCAAUUAGACAUAAGAAAUCCCAAAAGGCAAUCAAACCCCAGAACCAACGCUCCAAACCACCGCGAAGUAAACCAGCAACCACACCCCGCCAUACAAACCACAACCAAAAAAAGCCGACAACCCCGCCAACAAUCCAAUCCCCCGAAUUAAACCAAACACCUCCUCCACAUAACGCAGAACAAAAAGCAAAAGAAGAAGAAGAAGGGAACAAAAAAGCCUACAUACACAGCGCAAAAUGUCCCAACAACCCCCCCAAACCGCCCAACCCAACUCCGCCGCCUCUUACCUGGACCUAGGUAUCACACUCGCGAUCAACAGUUGGCCCGCGCUCAGUCUUGCCGUAGAAUCCAACUGGGGCGGACCUACAUCCUCCGACAAGCGCGAUUGGCUCUGCGGCGCAAUCUCCGAUAUGCUGAAUGAUCGGCCGGAGACAGACGCGGAGGAUCUCGAGGACGUGUUGAUCCAGGUUAUGAAUGAUGAGUUUGACGUGGUGGUAGACGAUGAGAGUGCGGCUCCUGUUGCGGCGGAGAUUAUAGAGAUGAGGGGUUUAGUUGCGAAGGGGGAGUUUGGGCCUAUUCAGCAGAUGUGGGAGAAUUGGCAGGCGAAGAGUCAGCAAAGGGCUGGGAAUGCAGCGGCUGCGUUUAAGAGGGUUGAGGACGAGGAGCAGGAUUCUGAGGAUAACGAAGAUCUCGAGGAGGAUGUUGAUAUGGGGGAUGCGCCUGCUUUGGUGAGGGUUCCGAAGGAGAAGGUUGAGCCGGAGAUUGAUGAUGAUGGGUUUACGAAGGUUGUUGGGAAGAGGCGGUAAUUUUCUUUUUCCUUUCGGUUUUUUUUAGAUCAAUUGCUUUUUCAUGUUGAUUGCGACGAAUUGUUUAAAUAUAGAUACUCUGCAUGUAUGGGUAUUAGUUCAUGAUUGGUGCUUUGAUGGAUAUA